AAGGGCCCCAAAACAGUUUUGCGCUAAAGAGCCACCGUAUUAAAGUGCAACACCGGAUAAUUAUGAACUAAAAUGAGAUCACGUGGACAAGUUGGACAACAAACAUAUAGGCCUAUUACAUAUAGAUCCUUUAUUGUGAUCGAAAGCCAAGAAAGACACCGUUUGCGUGUGCCACUUACUCGGCAAUGGAAGUGUUCUUCAGGCCACACACAAGCCCUGUAACCCUGAGGCGACAGGCAGCAAUGCGGCAUCGUAGUUCUAGCAGUAGCCAGCAGGGGGCAGUGGCACAGCACGCCGGUACAAGUUCCCCUGAAAGGAGAAAUGAUGACGGUGGAUAUCCGGAUCAUGCCACGCACUGUGAAGCCGAGGGAAACCUCCCUGCUCUGGACAACGGGGCACCUGUGAAUUCGGAGGAGCUGGGUGACCUGGAGGUGACUGGACUGCAAGUACCUUCUGAAGACGAGGCCAAAGGGAGCUAUGAAGACCUCAUGGAGGCACUCUGUAGCCCUGCGGGCGGCAUUGCUGCGGCCCUGAGGUCUGUAGCCGCCUGUGAUUCGUGGAUUAAGGGGUCACAUGUCCCCUCGCCCGUGCCCCGACUCUUCUCCUAUGGCCAGAGUGAGGGGGAACCUUCUCUCCAAAUUACACCACCCAGAGAGGGCCUAGCAGAGCAAAGGGACGCAGAAGAAACCAAAGAGGAGGACAAGCCAGAAGAUGCAUUAAUACCUCAGUCUAAGUAUAUUCAUAUUUUGCCUCUGUACCAGGAUUACUGGCUGCAGUGUGUGAGGGAGGAGCUGAGCAGAAAGCGAGACGUGCCCAAUAUUUUUGGCUUCCUGACUCCGCCCCACCACGACUCGGCAGACCCCGUCCCCCGAUCGCGCUCCCUCAACUUCUCCCUGUGGCAGGACCUACCUGAGGUUCGAGAGGGUGGCCUACUGGACGUGCUGACCGCCAGGGAGAAGCGCUUGCAGGAGGCCAUGUUUGAGAUGAUUGGGUCAGAGGCCUCCUACCUGAAGAGUCUGAUGGUCGCUGUGAGCCACUUCCUGGGAUCACAGGAGCUGCGACUCACCCUGCCCAAAAUGGAGCACCACAUCCUCUUCUCAAACCUCCCUGAGGUGAAGAGGGUCAGCGAGAGGUUCCUGCAGAGCCUGGAGUGUCGCCUGGGAGACGGCGUUGUGAUCCCGCAGGUCGGCGACCUCGUGCUUCAGCACCGGGCUGCCCUGCGUAGCGCCUACGUGCCCUACGUCACCAACAUGAUGUACCAGGAGGCCCUCGUCUGCCGCCUGCUGGGGGGGAACCGAGAGUUCGUCGAGGCGCUGAGGAAGCUGGAGGACGCCCCCGUCUGCCAGAGGCGGAGCCUCAAGUCCUUCCUGGUCCUGCCUUUUCAGAGGAUCACACGUCUGCGCAUCAUCCUGGAGAACGUCCUGAAGCUCACCCCGCCUGACUCGGGGCCUGCCAUCACUCUGAAGGAAGCCAUUGCGGCCGUACACCAGAUUGUGACGGAGUGUGACAGUGGUGUUCAGCGCAUGAAGCAGACGGAGGAACUGGUGCGCCUGGAUAAGCUGGUUGAUUUCGGCAAUGUCAAGUCCAUCCCCCUGAUCAGUAGAGGGCGCCGUCUGUUGCGUGAUGGUCCCCUGCGACAGGUCAUUGUGGAAGGGAGCACCAGCAGCGGAUCUAUAGUGUCAUUCAAGGACAUCUAUCUGCACCUUUUCAACGACCUCCUCCUGUUGUCACUCAAGCAGUAUGAUCUUCUGAAAUAUUGCAAAAGUGAAGUUAUAGCGGGACGGUUCAGUGUGCUGGACUACUCUGCGUUUCCGGCUCGCGUGGGGGUGGGGCAGCUGAAAGCCGAAAUUUUGGGCCUGCCUACGGAGUCUUUCCUACUCCGUCUCUCACGGAACCACACCGGUGCCCCCACCGCCCUCAUCCUCGCUGCGGACACCAGCUCAGACAGAGAGGCAUGGAUAAUGACCUUGUCCUCACAGACCAAUGGGAUAGAUACGCAGGACCUCUGACAGCUUUCCUGGAGGAUAUUAAACCCAUGUCCUUUACUGGAAGAUUGGAAUAAUGCGUGUCAAGUUUCAGCCAAACAGCUGAAGGUGUAAGCCUGUUUCGAGCCUGUUAUUGUUUUAUUUAGUUGAUGAUGUCUAAGCUACUAUGUCAGUGUUACUGAAUGCUCAAUAAAAACUUAUUUUCAUGUUUA